AUGGCCAGUGCUGAGUACAAGCACUCGAUCUUAUGGCGGGGAGAGGACCCAACCAAGACCCGCUUCAAGCCGACCUAUGACGGCACAAAGCGAGUCGAGAGGUACCGGCCUGGACAAGUGCCCGUUUGGGUCGAAGAAGGCAAGAAGGCACCACGUAAGGGACGUGAGCCAGAAAAAGAGAAGCCAGAAGAGGAUCUGCGAAAGGCCAAGAGGCGGCGGCAAGCAGCCGCCGUGGUUUUGGAGGCCUCGGACAGUGCCAGCAGCCGCCUGGCUCGUUUGCAGCGGUCUGAGACCGUAGGGGAAGCAGGGGAGCCCAGCGCAGCCAGGCUGCCGCGACAGCGACGGGUGGAGGAAGCAGUCAUUCUGGAGGAAAAGGAUGAGAAGAAGGAUGAGAAGUUGGAGCUUCUCAAAGAGGAGGUGGAUGUUGAUCUCAAGCCUGGAGUGGCUGAGUUGAACUACGACGAGAUCGUCGGAUCGGGCGACGAAGAUGUUGAAAUACAAGCCGUUCGUCGUGAGAAGGCUCGAGAGCUGGCCUUAUCCAAGCGGAAGAUUGAAGAGGACGUUCUGAAGGCUGAGCUGGAGGAGGAGCAGGAGGAAGUGGAUGAGGAGGAGAGUGAAUAUGAGUCUGAAUCAGAAGAGAAUGACGAUAGGCGCGGUCCACUCAUGAAGCCAGUCUUCGUGUCAAAGGCCAAUCGAGAAACUGUUCGAGAGAAGGAGCAAAUUGAAAAGGAGGAAGAAGAAGCCCGAAGAAAGAAAGAAGUCCGACAACUCGAACGCAAGGCUGAGUCAAAGGUAUUGCUCAUCGACAGGAUCAAUGAAGAAGCUGAGGCUGCGAGGUUGGCAGAGGAGCUGGACGACAGAUCUGACAUAGAGUUGAUGGAUGAUGACGAUGAGAAGAAUGAGGCUGAAGAGUAUGAGCUGUGGAAGAUUCGAGAACUGAAGCGAAUCAAGAGAGACAAGGAGGAGAAGCUUAAGAGACAAGAAGAAAUUGCGUUUGUUCUUCGGCGACGCGAGAUGACGGACGAAGAACGUGCGAGAGAUGAUGCCAAGCUGGAUGCUGCUAACCCGAAGAGAGCAGACGUCAAGCAGUUCAACUUCCUACAGAAGUACUACCACCGCGGCGGCUUCUUCCAGGACAAAGCUGUCUCAGGAGAGGAAGCGCUGUACCUGCGCGACUACCACGAGCCACUCGAGGAGGAAAAGUACGACAAGCAACUUUUGCCGAAGGCCAUGCAAUUGAGACGUGGUGAGUUUGGCAAGAAGGGCCAGGUCAAGCACUCCCACCUGACCGACGUUGACACAACGGACAUGUCAGCUGCCUGGGCGCAAAGCUCCAAAAUUGUUCAGAGGUACCAGGAAAAAAUGGCGGCUGCAAAAGGGGUGGGCGGUGCUCCACCACUAGAGACAUCGAAGCAGCCCACCCAGGGUUUCGACAGCGUCAGCUUUAUCCCCUUAAGGGGCCAUGCAUCGGGUCAAAAACAGCUCUGGCGCGCAUUUGCAUGUCAAGCCAGCUGGCAUGAUGUGAGUGCCUGCCAGGUUGGCUACUUGCAAAUGGCCCCACCGAACCGAUCAAUCAGUCUCUCCAUCAUCAGUCUGCUGACUUGUGGUGCCUCGAGAUCUUAUGCAGCUGAUCUGACCGUGCAGCAGAGCUGCCAGGAUGCUGAUGUGAUAGAAGGCUCGUGCAGCGAGGCUUCCUUCUUGCAGCACGGCCUCGAGGUCCAACAGGUUCUCGAUGCUGCCAAAAGUCAUGCUGCCAUGCAGCCGGCGACGUCAUCCGAUGUUGCAGCGAACAUUUCCAACGUUUCCAGUUUGACGGCGCAUGCAUCCAAUGCGACGGCAGUACAGCCAGCUUUGCAAAAAGAGCAGCAGGACAAGGAGCCUGCGGUUCUGCUGAACCAGCUCGUGGCAGCAUCCCUUGCAAGGGAGAGUUCAGGGAGUUCAUCGAUCGUUUCGACAGUGGUCAACUUGGUGGUCUUGGUGAUGCUGGUGCUUCUCAUCGCCUUGCUUUGCCGGCACGACAUGAACGUGCAAGAGGCAUACGAGGAGGUCAAGGGUGACCCGCAAAUGCUGUACAAGCAAUUCGAGCAGGUGCAAAGUCUGCUCCAGCACUGCGACAGAAAGACGUUGUGCUGCGACGGUGCAAGACAAGAUGACUCUAUGUCUGCCUCCUCCUUGCUAUCUCCGCCAAGCAUUACUCGUUGUGCACAGUAUCGUGCACUCAACUACCUCCGGAAAAUGGAGCCCGAGGAGCUUGAGAUGUUGCGCAACACAACCCUCGGCACUCGAGUGGUCGAAGGCUGCACCUUGCGGGCAGCAAUAAGCGGCGUCGGUGGAGCUGGCCUGGGUCUCCUUAUGGGAGGCUUCCUGCACACAAUGCAGCCGCCACCCAACAUUGAUACGUCCUUGUCAACGAUGGAGCAGAUUCGGCAGUCCUACAAGGGUUUCGGUCAAGCCUGUGUUCGCAUGUCUCGCAACUUUGCAAAGGUGGGUGUCGUUUUUGCUGGAGUUGAAUGCUUCUUCGAGCGUGAACGAGCAUGCAGAGAUCUGCCGAAUGCCAUCCUUUCUGGCUGCGUGACCGGGGGCGUGCUGGCCUUUCAAGGUGGGCCAACUGGCAUGGCUCUGGGCUGUGCUGGUUUUGCUGCCUUUUCUGGGGUCAUAGAGACCCUGAUGGAUCAUUGA